GGCGGUUAAACAUCUGUAAAACAUUUGUUCUCUCUCAGAUAAGUUUUCCUCGUUCAACUUUGCUGCCACUGCGGGCGUGUAAAGCUUAACAGUCUGUUUCUGGCCAGCACUCAGAGCUGAGAGGAGCGUUUGUGGUGCGGCACUAAAACGGUUUAUUUACGGUGGAUUUUAAGUAUUUUUUCCCUCCAAAGUAUUAUGGAUGCGAGAAGGGUUUUCUGGAUGUUUUGUCUUCUUCUGCUGGCACACUGCACACAGCAGCAGACAACACCAAAGAAAAGAAAUGGCAAGAAAGACUCUUCAAACAAUGCUGCAAUUGAGGAACUGAAGAAACAGGUCAAUGACAUCAUUCUGGAGCUGAAUUUGUUGAAAGAGCAGCAAGCUUUGCAAACAGUGUGUCUGAAAGGAACCAAGAUCCUCGGCAAGUGUUUCCUGGCUAAUCCAGUGAAGAAGAACUUCCACGCAGCCAGCGAUGACUGCAUCGCCAAGGGAGGCACCCUGGGCACUCCUCUGACAGGAGACGAGAACGACCAGCUCUACAGCUACGUCCGCCAGAGCAUCGGCCCAGAGGAGCACAUCUGGCUGGGCAUCAAUGACAUGGUGACCGAAGGCCAGUGGGUGGACCAGUCAGGGUCCGGUGUGCGCUUCAAGAACUGGGAGACAGAGAUCACCCUGCAGCCAGAUGGAGGGCGCAGUCACAACUGUGCCAUCCUGUCCACUACAGCCAAUGGGAAGUGGUUUGAUGAGAGCUGCCGAGCUGAAAAGGCUUCUGUGUGUGAGUUCAAUAUCGUCUGAAGCCUUCUUUCUGACAUAUACACCCAUCUGUGCAGAUAAACACUGCUUGCAAAAAAGACAGCUAUCAGGUACAUUCAGCAAUGCAUUAGAAUAAAUAAUGUGCUGCAUCUUUCUUAAGCUCACAUUUUCUUGACCAAGCCAUUCAGAUGUUGAUCCAUAUCCGAGUGACUUUGGGACUUGUGGUUGUAUAAGUUAAACUCACUGGGAGAUGUUCAGAUGUUCUUUUACAUUCAUGCUGAUUCAAUAGACUCAUGUGCUCAAACAUUACAGAUAACAGGCAGCGAGGUAAACAGCACUGGAUGGCUUGUCUUUGUUAUGAGUAUAUCAUCUGCUAUUUAACACAAUAAAAAACUACUUUUUACUGUGUGGCAAUCUUGAAUUAUGCUGUUUAUAUUCUAUAAUAUAUUACAUUAAUAAAUCUGCCUCUGCAGUUACAACUCUGUCAUUGUGUUCUUGCCCUUCAGCUGUUAUAAUAUGAAUCUGGUGGUCAUCAGAGGGAAAAAAUGCUUAUGUAACAACUCAUAAAACAAGAACAGGCUGUUCCAACUGAUAAUAAUAA